ACACUGAAGUCAAAGGCCGCUCGAAAACCGCUCGAAUGGGUUGGCAGAGAGGAUUAAACUGAAACAACAAAAUGCUGUUUUGAUGAUUUACGUGAACCGAAGCAAAUCUGCCGUGAGAAAAAUGGACUGUUUAAGGUUCGUCGUGUGCGCUGAAGGUGAAACAGCUUGGCUGUAAACACAUUCUCGUGGAUAUUUUCUUUCUCUUUGGACGUCUGUUGGUGUGCACGGUUCUGACAAGCUAACGCUUGCUAGCCUCGACUCCGCUGAGCUGCUUAUGAGGUGCGAUGGUCGUCGCGGGUUUAUGCGGAUGUCUCCGGACCCGUCUGUUUUGAACCGACGGCAACAAAUGGGACCAUCCAGCAUCGGCCGAACCCACCGCGGCGUAGACUAAUCUCUCACAAUUCAGUUGAAUAUACGACAUUGUGGGAACUCAAACAGGAUUCUGCAGCAGCAGGUGUUUUUCUAGUUGGAUUUUAGCCCACUGACAUUCUCCCACAGCCAUGGAAUCGACGGUUGAUGACGAUGCAAUGGCAGCGUGAAUGAAGCUUGGCGUGGGGAGAGCUGAACGAUGCCCAAAGGUGGGGGUUCUAAAACCCCCCAGCUGGACCACUUCCCACUCAACACCGACAUGGUGGAAAAGCAGGGUGGGAAAAAGGAUAAAGUGUUGUCAAACAAGACUCCCAAAUUGGAUCGCAGUGAUGGGGUCAAAGAGAUGAAAGAGAAGGCCUCUAAAAGGAAGCUGCCCUUUACUGCUGGAGCAAAUGGAGACCAGAAAGAUUCUGACUCAGAGAAACCAGGCCCAGAGCGGAAGCGCAUUAAAAAGGAGCCCACCAACACCCGGAAGGCGGGCUUGCCGUUUGGAAUGGGGAUGCCAGGGAUCCGGGCCGGGUACCCCCUCUCUGAGCGGCAGCAGGUGGCCUUGCUCAUGCAAAUGACAGCUGAGGAGUCCGUCAACAGUCCAGACACAACACCAAAGCAUCAGUCACAGUCCAGUCUGGGUCAGAAGGGAACGCCAAACUCUGCAUCUAAAACCAAAGACAAAGUGAAUAAACGGAAUGAGAGAGGAGAAACUCGACUGCACAGAGCAGCAAUCCGUGGAGAGGUACGCCGCAUCAAGGAGCUCAUCAGUGAAGGUGCUGAUGUGAAUGUAAAAGACUUUGCAGGCUGGACUGCAUUGCAUGAGGCGUGCAACCGAGGGUAUUACGAUGUGGCCAAGCAGCUGCUGGCAGCCGGUGCAGAGGUCAACACCAAGGGUCUGGAUGAUGACACCCCGCUGCAUGAUGCAUCCAAUAAUGGACAUUUCAAGGUGGUGAAACUACUUCUACGUUAUGGAGGGGACCCGCGGCAAAGUAACAGGAAAGGUGAAACACCUCUGAAGGUCGCCAACUCCCCUACUAUGCUCAAUUUGUUGCUGGGUAAAGGAACUUACACCUCGAGUGAAGAAAGUUCGUCAGAAUCUUCUGAGGAGGAAGAUGCCCCCUCGUUCGCCCCGUCCAGCUCUGUCGAUGGCAAUAACACAGACUCAGAGUUUGAGAAGGGCUUGAAGUUGAAAGGGAAACUCGCAGACCCUCCUAAAUCUGCCGUCACACCCAUCAAAGACGAAUAUGAAUUUGAUGAGGAUGAUGAGGAAGAGCGUGUCCCUCCCGUGGACGACAAACACCUCUUGAAAAAAGACUUCCGCAAGGACUCAAUUAGCAAGACCAACAGCUUCAUCUCCAUACCCAAGAUGGAGGUUAAAACCUAUUCCAAAAGCAACUCGCUCACACCAAAGAAACCCGUCAGGCGGAUCAUCUCUGACAGUAACAGUUCAGACGAGGACGAUAGGACGUUGUGUUUCACACCAGCGCCUACGCCGCGGCAACAAACCCAACAAACAAAUACCAAGACAAGAGACUCUGGCAGCCUGAGCUCGAAACAGCAAAAAGACAAGAAUAAAGUCAAAAAGAAGCGGAAGAAGGAGAGUAAAAACAAUGUCAGUAAAGAAGUCAGGUUUGGCAAAGUCAAUGACAAAUUCUGUACAUCUGACUCUGAUUGCGGAGAUUUAGAGAGUGAGGAUGAUAAGGGCUCUAAUAGUUUAAAGGACUCUUCUGCAACAAACCUGAAAGACUCUCCUGGCUUUAACGCAUCCUCCUCGUCGCAUGUAAACUCUCAAAAACAAGCGCCGUCUUUAGCAGAACAGCAUCCAAAGCAGUGGAGGACAGAUGGUUGGAAGACUGUGUCGUCCCCCACGUGGUCGGAUGUCAGUUCUCUCUCAGAUUCUGUCAGAACGAGACUGUCCAGUGAGUCUGAUUACUCCUCAGCUGAAUCUAGUGUGGAGUCAAUAAAACAGGUGAAGAGAAAAGCGCAAGAGAACAAAAAGAAGAAUAACAAUGUGCACAGUAGCACAGUGGACAAGAAAAACUCUGAACUCUACAAAAACUCGACAGAGAGCGUCUCAAAAGCUGAUGUCGAUGGGAAAGUGAUAAAGAAGCAUAAAGUGAAGCACAAGCACAAAAACAAGGAAAAAGAUAAAGCUCCAAGUCUCGUGCUUAAUCAAGAUAUGAAUGAGAAAUUUGUCAAGAGUUAUUCCUUUGAUUUCGAUGAUUCAAGACAGAAGUCUUUAAUUGUUGAGUCAGAUUCGCCGGCUGAGAGCAAGGUCAAAUUAUCCAAACACGAAAAAGACCACUCAAAAAAGGAGGACAGGCUUUCAAAAACCAAGUCGGAGGAUAAAGACUGGUCAUCUGGCAAAGACAUGCAUAGAACAACAAAAGAGGAGAAAAACAAGAAAACAAAGGACUCCACCAAGGACAAGACGAAUAAGGAGGAGAGGGAGAAGCCUGUAAAAUCUGACAAGGAUAGAAAUGUCAAAGAGAAGGAGAAACCCAAGGAGGAUAAACAAAAGGCUCACAAGGAGGAGAAAAAGAAAAAGUCCAAGGAGAAGUCCUUAAAAGCCGACAGGAAAAGUGAACAGAAGGAGGAAAAACAUCUAAAAGUUGACAAGGAGAAAAACACCAAGGAAGAGGAGAAGAAAUGUAAAAAGGACAAAGCUCAGAAGGAAGAGUCUGAGUAUGACGGCUUUGACGUCAACAACCAUUUCCUCAACCUGGAGGACACAAAACUCAGUGCUUCAGACGACCACCAUGACAGAUGGGGCUCUGAGAUGUCCUCGGACUCCUCGCUCUACGGUGAUGACAGUUGGGAUGCGCCUGUCAAAGAGUACAAGGAAUACAAAGCCAACAAUGCUGUUAAAUUAAUUGUUGAGACUGUUAAGGAGGAGACGAGGAGGAAAGACAACAAAGUCAAGGACAAGAAAUCAGAUCACCCUGAGAAAAGAUUAGAGAAAGAAGUCACUUCUAAGAAAAAGGACAAAGACUCCUCAGAAAAGGCAAAUGAAAAGAAGAAGGACUGGUCAGAAAAACAAAAAUUAAACUCCAGCUAUUCAGUUGAGAAAGAAAAGAAGCGAAAAGAGUCCACAGACACGGUCAAAGACAAAAAAGACAAGGAUUCUCUGGACAUCAGUCGAGAUCGUAAAGACUCGUAUGAGUUCAUUAAGGAGAGAAAGGACGUAAAAAUCAAGCAAGAGUCUAUAAGAGAUGAUUAUGGCAAUGACACCUUCUUCAAAGAUAUUGACACUGUCAGCAAAACAUGUGAUAUCAGAGAAAGAAACCACUCUGGAAAGGAUAAAGAAAAGAAGGGUGAAGGAAUUGAGAAACGAGAAAAGACUAAAGCUGACAAGCACAAAGAAAAAACAAAAGACAGAGGAGCAGAUCUGGACAAGGACAAAAGCGAGAAAAGCUCCACGGAAAAAACUGUCAAGGAUAAGGAUGCAGACCGGGGCACCAAAGACAAGAAGGAGGGAGCCAAAGACAAACACAGAGACUCUCAUGGCAAAGACAAAGAUCGAAAGAUGUCUUCAGACCAGACAAAAGACAAGAAAGAAAAGGCCUCUCAAGACAAGCAUGCUGAUAAAGAGAAGGACUUCUUGGAGAUCAAGAAAGAAGAGAGAAAACCAGAAAAAACUGGGGUAAAGACGUGGUACAAAAUAGCUGACAUAUUUACCGAUGAGAGUGAUGAGGACGAGGACAGUUACAACGGCGGAGGACUUGUUUCCGACCCUAUCAGAAAGGAUUCGACUCCUGACCAAGAUGACCUCUCUCACUUCCCCGCAGAAAAAAUGAGGAAAUCAUCUGCUGACGCAAAACAUAACACAGAAAAGGCAAAAGACAAAGAACACAAAGAAAAGAAGAAAGAUAAGACCACUUUUGAUACAGGUAAGGAGAGGAAAGGCUCCCUCGAAAAACACAACAAGGAUAAGAAAGAUUCUGUAGAUGCCAAACACAAGGAAAGAAAAGACAGGAUGUCCAUGGAGUCGAACCAGGACAAGAAAAAUAAGCAGAAGCUGUUGGACAAAAGGGACACAAGUGAGGAAAAAACAAAGAGCAAAUAUAAAGACAAGCAGGAUCACUCAAAGGAAAGGAAGCCCUCAAAAGGUAGUGGUGACAACGAGAAGUCCCUCUUGGAAAAACUGGAAGAGGAGGCCAUGAAUGACUACAAGGAUGACUCCAAUGACAAGAACAGUGAAAUCUCGUCAGACAGCUUCACUGACAGAGGUCAUGAGCCCAUCCUCACCAGCUACUAUGACUCCAUCAGCCUGGCAGACAUGUCCGAGGACAGGAGAGACUCCCUGUCCAUAUCGACGCCACAAGACAAAUUCAGAGAGAAAGAGAGGCACCGGCAUUCCUCCUCAUCCUCGUCCAAGAAAAGCCACGAUAAAGAGAAAGAAAAGGUCAAGAAAGACAAAGGAGACAAACGUGACAAAACUGAGGAAAUCAGAGAGUCCUACAGCCGCAGAGAAAGCCUACCUUUCGAGAAAGAACCUAUGCCUCUGGAGGCAGAUCCAUACACGUUCCCGUAUGGAGGAAAGGGAGAUGGCGAUGACGACUUUGAUAAGACCCUCGAGUUUGAGAAAGAGAUGUCCAAAAAGGACAAAGACAAAGCAAGCGGCAUCAUCAGUGACAGAAUGAAGGACAAAAAGAAAAAGGAGAAACACAAGGAAAAGUUGAAGGAUGAGAAAAAUAAAUAUGUCGAUGGCUUUGGGUCUUUCAAACACGCCAAAGAGGACGUGAAAUCUGGGUUAAAAGACAGUCCGCAGGUCACUGUUCUUAAGGACAGGUCGAAAGAAGACAGUCCUAAAUUUGAAUUGAAAAGAGACAGAAAUCGAGACACAUUAGACAAAGACAGCAGAAUAGACCACAGUAAAUCCAAGGUUAAGGAUGAAACUGAUAAGCUCACUCAGGCAAAAGACACAGUACGCAAAGAUAAUCGCCCACGGGAGAAACUUUUGGUGGAUGGCGAUUAUCAAAUGACUAGCUUUGGUCAGAUGCUGAGUCUGAAAGACCAGGAGAUUGAGGAGCGCCACAAGAGACACAAAGAGAGAAUGAAGCAGAUGGAGAAAUUAAGACCCAAGACCGGAGAUCCUAAGCUCAAAGACAAAGCCAAGUCUACAGAGGAAAUGCGAAAGAACCGCACUGAGCUCUCAUCUAAGAAAUCCAACAGCCUGGAGUCUGGCCUUAAAGAGAAGAAGCUUAAAGACGUGGGUCUCCCCGCCCAGAUGAUGUCGCCAGGGAGGAAGUUCCAGCCUACUGAUAGUCAGAACUCCAAGGACUGGCUGGCUGGCCACCAAAUGAAGGAGAAUCUCCCUGCUUCUCCCAGGCCAGAUCAAAACAGGCCCACAGGCGUCCCCACACCUACGUCUGUCAUCUCCUGCCCCAGCUUUGAGGAAGUAAUGCAGACUCCACGUACCCCGUCUUGCAGUGCAGAGGAUUAUCCUGACAUUAUGCUGGACGGUCUGGACAACUCCUCGGCUAUGACCAUGUCAAUGAAUGCCUGCUCUCCCUCCUUCUUUGAAAGCAGGUACUCAAACUCUCACAGUUUUCAGGAGGGAACUUGUCCGACACCAGCCAAGAACCUGCAGCUGCCGCUUGUCAGCCGUUCUGCGUCCUCUGAAGUCCGACGGCCUCUUGAUGACGAAUUUAAGGCUGAGGCCGACAAAUUUCUUCGACAGCAGAGUGAUCUGGCAGGAGAUUUUGAUCCAUCCUCAUCCUGUCAACCUCUGGAGGACAAAUCGGCUGCUGCCGACAGGCUGGAGUGCCCGUCGUCGCCGUAUUUCUCCCCAAUCAGACUGUUGUCUCCUCGGCGGGAGCCAGCCCACCCAACACCGGAUCUGACAGCGCCGAGUCUUUCAUGUACCGAGGGAACUGAACACCUGCCUGACAGUGUGUACAACAGCUUCUUGCCGAAACCCUCUACACCAGUGCACAGGCCAGAUCCCCAGGAACCUUGCUUUGACAUUGCUGCGCCACCAACUCCAGCUCCUGCUGCCCUGCCGCCGCUGGAUAUUGACGACAUCUCUGAGCCUCACCACAGUGAGCCCAACCUGGUUCUCUCAGAUCUCCCAUCUGUAACAGAAGAACAAGAGCAGGAAGAUGAAGAGGAGGAGGAGGAGGAUGAGGAGGAGGAGGAAGAUGGUGACCUGGAUGAGAGACCCGAUGAAGACCACUGUGCUGUGGACAAUCCGGAAGAAACAAGAGAACUUUGUUCCUUCUCCCCUCAGGUUGAGGAUCCACUGAGGAAGAGCUGGCCCGCAGAGUCUCCAGACCAUCAGGAGCCAGAGGUUCACCAUCUGUCUCCAACACACUCUGCUCCAAACCACGGAGAAAACUGUUUUGACCACAACAUGGGUUGGAAUCCUGAUAUGGACCUUAAGUCUCCCCACAGGACGUAUGGGGAGAUAGAAGCUGCUGUCUCUAAAAUAACAAGCCCUUACUCCCACUCGGACACUGAACCUUUAUCUGGGCAUCCCUCCGUCACUCCCCCGUACGCAACCUGGAACCGGUGGCAUAAAGAGGAACCAGAGGACUUUGAUGAGCAGAAGGAGGCUGUGGCUGAUAUCCCUUCUCCUGAGAGGCCUGACACAGCCAUGGAUGAUGAACCAACUUAUUUAAACACAUCCUCAUCCUCCAAUCGAUUGGAGUCUUUCUUUCAGGACUGUAACAAGCCAAAUAUUGAGGAGACACAUCAGAUGGACGCAGAGUCGGCUUGUGAAGAACCAGACAGCAGACAGACCGCACAUAACUUCAGCGCCACCACAGAAGGCCACAUGGCUCCAGCCGUGGAGCCAGAGCCUGUCGUACCCUGGGUAGGCCCAUUUCCAGCUGAACCAGAUGAAAUCGAUGAUCUGGGACCAUUUUCUUUGCCAGACCUACCACUACCAGACAAGUCAGAGGAGCCUGAAUCGCAAGAACCUGAGCUAACUGACCACAACAAGACUGUCCCAAUUCACAUCAGACAUACAAUUACAGACAGAGAGUCCCCGGACCUAAUGGAGGUAGACCUACCAAGUCUGUCAAAGACUUCUUGUCCUCCUGGAGAUAUUGCUUUGGAGGAGUCUGAUGGACAAGACGUGGUUGUACCAUCGCCGCAUGCCACCUUCCAGUCAGAGCUGGAGCCUGAGCCUCAAAGCGUACCCAUCAACAGCUCUCUGUCUCUGACCCAGCAGCCUGGCAGCAUUUCGGAGAGAAAGUUCCCCUAUGGAGGGCUUGAAGAGUCCGAUCCCAGUAUGUUGUAUUCACCGGUAAAAUCGGAUGUCUCCCAACAACAUCAAAUCCCAAUCCACUCCCUGACUGAGACUUUGCAGCUGCCACUGGAUUCAGUUUCUGCCGUUAACCCAGAGGCAAGGCAGGAGGAAGUGUCCGAAGCUGCUGCUGAGCCUGUGUCGUGCAGUCCUCUUCCUCAGCUCCCCGUGACAGUCUCCCUGUCCACCACAGUUGAACUACCAGACGCUCAGGAGCCCACGUCCAAGCUCGCCCCGGUAACCUUGACCACUGUGUCCGCCACUGUAGACAUCCCGAAGAAGGUGGACGAGAUCCCUCAGAGAGUGACCCGCAAUCGCGCCAAGAACAAUCCCUCUGCUGCUGCUGUCGUCCCUCCUACCUCCAGCAUGAUAACCUCGUCUGCUGCUGCCGCCCCUGUGACUACCAGUCCAGCGGUGAGCAUCAACCCAAUUCCCACAAGAACCCCAACACCCACUUCAGCUCCCUCCUUCUCGGCUCUAAAGAAAGACAAAGACUCUGGAAUUAGCGUCUCCUCUGCAGUGUGUAACACAACGCCAGCUUUGUCUGUACCGACCUCCAUAACAGCGUCUGCAUCGGUGGUUCUCAGUCGGACAACUAAAGGUCGCCCUCUGCCCAUGGAGGAAGAGGAAUCUCAGACUCAGCACCCGCGGAAGAGGAAGUUCCCUCGUUCUGCAGGGCAGCAGGUCCAGGUCCAGCUUGUCAAUACGGCCAUGCAGCAGACCAGGGAAAUGAUUCAGCAAACUCUGGCUGUAGUUGUCAAUGCCAUCAAGCUGGAUGAUAUAGAGCCCUACCACAGCGACCGCUCCAACCCUUACUUUGAGUACCUGCAGAUCAGGAAGAAGAUUGAGGAAAAGAGGAAGAUUUUGUGCUACAUCACCCCUCAAGCUCCACAGUGUUACGCUGAAUAUGUGACCUACACCGGCUCCUACCUGCUGGACGGCAAGCCUCUCAGCAAACUUCACAUCCCUGUGAUUGCCCCACCUCCAUCACUGUCAGAACCUCUGAAGGAGCUCUUCAGGCAGCAGGAGGCAGUGAGAGGAAAGCUCAGGUUGCAGCACAGCAUAGAGCGGGAGAAGCUGAUUGUGUCCUGUGAGCAGGAGGUUUUAAGGGUCCACUGCAGAGCAGCCCGGACAAUAGCCAAUCAGGCUGUGCCGUUCAGCGCCUGCACCAUGCUACUGGACUCUGAAGUCUACAAUAUGCCAUCAGAGAGUCAGGGUGAUGAGAACAAAUCCGUGAGGGACCGCUUCAACGCCCGCCAGUUCAUUUCCUGGAUUCAGGACGUGGACGAUAAAUAUGACCGCAUGAAGACGUGUUUGUUGAUGCGACAGCAGCACGAGGCGGCGGCGCUCAACGCGGUGCAGAGGAUGGAGUGGCAGCUGAAGGUCCAGGAGCUGGACCCGGCGGGCCACAAGUCCCUCUGCGUCAACGAAGUCCCGUCCUUCUACGUGCCGAUGGUCGACGUCAACGACGACUUUGUCCUGCUGCCUGCGUGACACACCCACAGUCACAGAUAGAGAGCGGACUUCGACCGAAUCACUUCUUCUCAAAGAGACUUCGUUGAACAGAACGAAUGGAAAGGGCUAGCAAGUUUGAAAGAGGACUUCAGGCAAGAAAAAAUUAUAUUCUAUAGAAAAAGAGUAAAGGUGAAUAACUUGCUCUCGAUUCCCUUCCGUGAAGAAGGAAACCUGUUUUUACUGGGGAAAAAGAAAACACACAACUUGCACUUUCAUCCUCAAAGUUUUUACGCUUUUGUUUGUUCAGAGCACGAGAAGCAGAAACAGUUUUUGCUUUGAAGCUUUGACGUGGGGACACGCCUCCUCAGUGCUCAGCUACUGUGAGACGGGGGACAGAGAUAUAUUUUCUGCGUCGGUUUUUUGAUCCCCGCUUCAGUACCCACCGCCGCCACCGGGAGGACGCGUCCGAGAAGAGCUCUCCCGCGGUGCCUGCUGGGAGGGAGGACUGAGGAGAGCCUCCCCCGUCGACGCAGAGCGCCCGGCGGCCGGGGAGGAGAUCUCGCGCGGCGUCGCGGUGCAUCUCGCAGAUCUUUCAACGGAUCCAGGAAGCGACAAAGCCAACCACUGAUGGUUUCCCCAGAGAGGACGCCCUCUCCCUCUCCAUUCAUACUACACCGGGCUUCGCCCAGACGAAGCCCGGAGCGUGUUGGGACGCAGCAGAGGGUUAACGGUGUGUGUUGCACGUCAGGGCCCAGCGCCUGAGAGGAGUGAGACUGACCCCGCAGCCUCUCGGCCUGGCGAAACAGGACGGGACGAGCACGGGUCUCUGGGAACAGACCGGAGUGUUCCCCAGCGGCCCCCGCUCGCUCCAACACAAACACGUCAGACCGCCACGGACUGCAAACACACCGCAGGACAACCAGAAGAAACAAACAUAACGAAUGUCGAGAUUCAAAGAGACUAUGGAGAAACUGCAGUCUGGCAGGAAGAGAGAAAUAUUGUUUUUGUCUAUUUCUUUACUUGGGCAUUUCAUUGUUUCUGAGGAAGUGACUUGAAACACUACAGAGCCAAUAUUAGUUUAAUGGAAAAAAAAAAACAAAAGAAAACUGAAAAAAAGUUGUAUUCCGUAAAAUAUGUACAGUUUUUAUAUUCGUUAACCAAUGUAUUCUUGCUGCCUUCUAGAUAAUUUAUUUUGCCACACAUUACUGCACAGUUGUAAAUAACCUAUGUACUGUAAUAUCACUCAGUUAAGUGUAAAGAAAAAAGGUAAAAGAAUUAAAAAUUAUCUUUUUAUGUACAGUUCACUUUUGGGCAGCACUUUCCCCCCCCCCCCCCCCCCCCCCUCCUCAUAUCCAUGGGCCAAAACGUGUACUCGGUUCUGUCAGUAUUUGAAAGACUCCAGUGCACAGUCACACGAUCCCAUCCGUAAGAUUCAGUCCGGAGUUCAGUAACGGAAACUCGCCGGGACACGAGUCGCCUCAACACACACAGAGUCCGGAUUCAGACGAGCCUCCGCAGGCCGACCACCACACAGCCCCUCAGAUGUAGCAGAAUAGUUGUCGAGGAUUUAUUUAAAGAAUAGCCAGAGGAUUAUUAUUCACUGCUUUACUACACAAAUAUAUCUGAAAAAUUUCGAACCAAGAAAAUGCCUUUUUCCGUGGGGGAAAAAAAAAAAAUGUACUCAUUGUUGGGCAGCGUCACAUAGAUAUAUAGAAAUAUAUAUAUAGAUGAGAUGAAAGUGACCGUGAGAUGUCAUUCACAAGCAAAACCAUUGUAUUUGUGGAGAAUGAGUUCAAAUUAUUUCUUUUGCAGGUUUUUUUUUUUUUAUUAUUUCUUGCCAAAAAAUUUGAAAUGAUUUCUGAUCAUAGCAAAACAUCUGAAGGUUUUUUCACCACGUCACUUCUCGUCCUGUUCGCCCACCUCAUCUCAUUCUCGCAUUAAAGAAAAAAAAAUAAAAAAAAAAAAAGCAAGCACACCAAAAUCUUUCAUUCCACCUCCCCUCUCUCUGAGCAGGGUGACUCCAGCUGCCCCUCAUCCAGAGCCCCAGCUCGUUCCCCACUGCGCCCACUAGGUGGCGUCAGUCGAUCAAGAAGUGAAACUCCUGCAGUCCUUCACUUCAGAUGUUUUUAACUUGAACUCUCAUGCACUCACCGGAGAGGUGGUUUCUCUCGCCAGACUCGACAACACCCGAUCGGAGCGAAUAAUGUUCAUCCUAAAUUCUAUCACCGUUGACUCUCCAGGGGGGCUUGGCUCGUGCUGUCAGGGAUUUUAAAUGUUAGCUUACUUCCUCAUGUUACUUACCUGUGUGGCGGCGUUGGCCUUCUUUUUUUUUUUUCUUCUUCUUCUUCUUCUUACGGUUAUUUGUGUUUGGCCCAAGCAGACAAGACUUCACCGAGACUUAAACUUUUUCUCAGAAUGAACCAAAAAGUGAUCAGAUUUCAACACAUUCAGCGGAGGGGAAAGACACAGCCGCAUGCUGAGCAGAUUGAUUUGACUCGUUCGUUUUCCCAGUAGAUUAAAAUCCCAGUUUAAAUCUUGAUUUAAGUUGAUCUUGUAUUGAAUUGCAAUUUUAAGUUUUUUAAAAAAAAAAAUUCCCGUACAGGAAGCCGCUCAUGUAAUCUGAUGGCAAUAUAAUCUGAAUCCUUUUCAGUUCUUUACACACUGUCAGUCGGCGUAGCUGUGUUUGGUUUAUACCGUCUAGUCAAAGUGCAAUGGUUGUUACUAUUACACUGUGCAGACAAGGUGGCAAGGCUAGAUGUAUAGUCAUGGGUAUUU